AUUCAAAGGCUCUGCACCACUAGUGAUGAGUACGCUAGCAAUGCAGUCACCACAAUUCCCGGCUUACUACGGCACAGGGCUUCAAACUAAAGAACCACCGCAGAAUCAUACAAAUCAGUUGGAUUUUUCAUAUUCGCAAUGUCGUAUGCAAUCACCCAAUUACUACGGCCAAAAUGCCAUGCCGAAUUUUAUGUCAAUGUCACAAACAAGCCAAGUGAACGGAUACAAUGCCGAUCCUGUGCCUCCAUUUCAGCAUAGCCAAAUUGGUACGAACCAAAAUACUGCRGCAAGCCCAGUAGACCACCAUCAACCCUACUUCCCUAGUCAAGAACCCAGUCAAAACUGUUCUUUCCAUCAAUACGCCUGGCUUAAAAGUACAGCGCCGGAGAACUGGUGGCACAACACAUCGUCAAACAACGCGUGGAGUAGUCGAACCGAAGGAAAACGCAAGAGAACAGCGUAUACAAGAAAGCAACUCUUAGAACUUGAGAAGGAAUUCCAUUUUAACCAUUUCUUGACUAAAGAGAGGCGAUCAGAGAUGGCAACACAGUUAAACCUGACGGAACGACAAGUAAAGAUUUGGUUUCAGAAUAGAAGAAUGAAGUGGAAAAAGUGUAAUGCCCAAGCGCUCACUAAAACCAAGUCACCAUCAAACGCUCCUUCGAGUGGACUGCCCUCUUCGACCCAUCAACACAUCAACACCACUUCAGCACAACAACUAAAUGCAGAUUCACUUGGCACAGGCACCAAUUCACAGUUGAACUGUAUGGGUUUUAGAGGUACAUAAACAGCCGUAGAAUUGAACAAAUCGCAAUACAAUAAUUUGUAUUUGAAGGAUGAAAAGACUUGUGAUAUAGCUUAUAACGAAAUAGAGUAUAUCUGAACUGAAACGAAAAAAUAAUACAAACUGCAGCGAAAAUUGAGUUUUAUUAUCAGAAAAAGCUACAGUUAUAAGGUUUCUGAUUUCAAUUUAUGUAUAGUUUAUUGUAAUAUUUAGUUUAGGGCUUCAGAGCUUCGUCAGAACACAAUCUGUAUUUUUCAGAAACUUUUCCAUGACACUGUAGAAACUUAGACCGCCAUUGAAGAGCGAAUCUGACAGUGAAACGCCAGAAACUGUAAAUACAUGUGAAUAAGAUUCCAAAAAAAAAAUCUUAACGGUACAAAUAAGUUUGAUGAUUUGUAGAAGUCUUAAUCUAAUAAUCAGGUUUUCUGUGCUUUGAACAGUGUUCACAAACUGUAAAGACAAUGGGGCUCAUAGAAGUACCACCGGAAAACUUUACCAGUGGCACUUGAUUUCUUUUUUAUUCUGUGACCCAAGAAUGGUAACUUUUUGUUCUUUUUGAUCAAGUGUUCCAUCUCUGAUUUCGAUGUGUAGUUUUCAGUCUAAAGUCAACGCUGGCUGAUACCACUGAUAUUUAAACUAUUGUUCRGCUAGAGAAGCUUUAAUCUCACUAAAGAAAUGUCCCCUUUUCUUAUCAAAUUACUCAGUUGUUCAAGCAGGCAUCUGAAUAUCAUUUGAAACCAGCCUGGUGUUUUUUAGUCGAUUUAUUUCAUAUCAUAUUUACAUCCUUUAGGUUUUAUAGCUGUAAAAUUGUUAUCAUAUUUUGAGUUAUCAUGUACGCAUGGUGGGUAAUCGAUGACAUGAGUUUGUUCUUUAUCAACACUCCUCCUAUUUUUACCGAACAUGUGAUACUGAUCUAACCUCGAACAUCGCUGUAAAACAUACUUUUCUAAUCCAUCUUCGUGUAAGAAAAACACUGAACAAAGGCUUGUUCUUUUGUUUCCUCACCAUUUUGCUGCCCUGAGAUAGCUCCACAUUUGAAUAGCUGARCAGGUCUUAGUGAAAGGCCAACAAGAUAACAACAUUUGGUGGCAUAUACAAGGUGUAAAUUUGAUGUACUUAGAUUUGCGUUUGAACAAGUGUGAAACUAAGGUGUUAAAACAGUGCAAACGCGAAAUCUUAAUACAAUAUAAAGAUGAAUGAUCAAUAGGAGCACAAUGAAGGUUAUUCACUGUGAAACUACAUCACAAACCAGGGGAUACUUUAUCAUAAUACUUUUCACAUAGUAGUUUCAAGAUGUAGUUCUAACAUGGUUCGUUGAAACUGUUCAUUCCACCGCAAUAUGAUGGCUUUUGGCGGUAAAAUACGAGAAGAAUCCGUUUAAAGUGUGCAAUCAUUUUCUGCUAUUUAAUGAUUUGCAAUCAAUCAUUUUAUGUAAAGAUUAUAUAUAACUUUUGGGAAAUGUUCCUUGACGUACACAUGUACCUCAGAGAAUAGUUCAGCUGCCUGAUUCCGGUUGAGAUUUUUUCGACCUCACGGCGUUUAAACAACCCUGCUUGCAAGAUCACYGAAGGAAAUUGUCUUUCCUUUAUUUUUAUUUGAAAUAAGUUUGAACGCGUCACAAUAUAGAAUGUCACAAUAGAUUGUUUUUAUUUCUUUUGGUUAUAUUUCUGUUUUGGUUCAUUAUAUACACUUCGCUAGCCCUGAGCGAUAUGUGAAAAACUAAUACAUAAGUCCUUUGUGGAAACUCAUGUUUGCUUCACUCGAUAGGCCUCAACAAGACAGUCAUUUAUGUAUUAAAAACAAAUACUUGGAGAAUUGAAUCAUUGGAAAGCUAAUAUGUGAAAGGUUUCCGUCCUUGAAUCGCGUCACCUGUGAAAGAUUGACGCCUAGAGCUCAUUAAAGAAUCCCAAUUUUCACCAGCACUAGUUCAAGCUCGCGUCAUGCUGUGUUCAUACUAAUAGAAUAAUUGAACUUAACUACAUACAACAAAGAAUUCCACUCGCAAAUCCCACUAUUUACUAAAAUAAUCUAAUUUCUACUUUGAAUCCUAUUAGAGUCGGUUUUUACUACGAAAUCUCGAAUACAAGACUUACUUCCUUCCUGAUUUGAUUAUACUAAACUAGUAGUGUUGGCGGUAGAGAGUUUAACGUAGUUAUCAAUGUACUAUUAACGUAAUUAUGAGAUAAUUCAUUUGAACAGAUUUGAGUCAUCAAUGUACGAUGUUUAGGGUAACCAACUGGGAACAAUCGUUGACUUUUUACACUGAAAAUGGUCAACGUUUUUUUUUCUUCAUGUUAGGAUUAAUUAUUUACUUAACUUGAGAAAUACAUUGUUUUUGUCUAUUUUGCGAGAGUUAUUUCUGACAGCUUUACUUCUUUAAAACUCUUGCAUUAUUGAAUAAAAACAAGAUCGACACUUCAAA